AUGAGUUUUGCAAUUGAGCAAGUUUCCUUUUCAUGGACGAUGGUUGCUUUAUGUACUGUGGUGUCAAUAUUCAUCUAUGUACGAAUGUCAACAAAGAACAAGCAACCAUUCCCACCAGGACCUUGGUCACUUCCUAUUUUGGGGAAUCUUCUCCAGCUUGGAGAUCAUCCUUAUGUUUUCUUCAAUCAGAUGAAGAAGAAAUAUGGAGAUGUGUUUCAGAUACAGCUUGGAAUGGUUCCUGUUGUGGUUGUUAAUGGCUUAGAUGCUGUCAGACACGUCCUACUGAGAGAUGGAGAAAGUUUUGCUGGCCGACCCGAUAUGCACACUUUUUCUUUUUUUGCCAAUGGCGAGAGCUUAUCAUUUUCGGUGAAGUUUGGAGAGAGUUGGAAGCUGCAGAAGAAGGUUGCUGCCAAGGCAUUAAGGUCACUGGCCAAAUCUGAAGCCAAGUCCUCCACUUGCUCUUGUCUUCUGGAAGAGCAUGUUUGCGCUGAGGCAUCAGAACUGGUGAAGACCUUUUUAGACCUCUCCAAAAAAGGGAGCUUUGAUCCCGUUGCGGUGACAACCUGUACUGUGGCUAAUGUGGUCUGUGCCCUCUGUUUUGGCAAGAGGUACAGCCACAGUGAUGAAGAAUUUCUGAGUGUGAUCCAAAUGAGUCACGAUCUUAUAAAAGCCUCGGGCGUCUUCAAUCCAGCUGACUUCAUACCAUGCCUUCGUUAUCUUCCACUUCCCGCUGCGAAGAUUGCUCGCACGUUUUAUGGAAAGUUCAAUAACUUUGUGGCAAAACAUGUGGAAGACCAUUAUGUCACUUAUGAUAAGAAUGUUCUCAGAGACAUCACUGAUGCCUUAAUUAAUGUUAGCAAUGAAAAAAAAGCAGAUGAGAAAAUUGUAACCUUAUCAAAUGAAAAAAUAUUAAUUACUGUCAAUGACAUCUUUGGAGCUGGUUUUGGUACACUCUCAUCGUGUUUGCAAUGGAUAUUUCUGUACCUGAUAAACAACCCAGAAAUUCAGAUGAAAAUUCAAGAAGAAAUUGAUGGAAAGAUUGGGCUAAGGCCUCCAAAGUUUGAAGACCGGAAAGACUUGCAUUAUACAGAAGCUUUCAUCAAUGAAGUCUUCAGGCACAGCUCUUUUAUUCCAUUCACCAUUCCUCACUGUACUACCAAAGACACUGUUCUCAAUGGGUAUUAUAUCCCACAAAAUACCUGUAUCUUCGUUAAUAUGUAUCAAGUUAAUCACGAUGAGAACCUGUGGCUAGAUCCUGAUGUAUUUAAACCACAGAGAUUUUUGAAUGAAAAUGGUGAACUCAACAAGAACUUGGUUGAAAAAGUUCUGAUCUUUGGAAUGGGGCUCCGAAAAUGUUUGGGAGAAGAAGUAGCUCAUAAUGAGAUCUUCGUUAUCCUCACUACUAUCUUGCAGCAGCUGAGACUGGAGAAACUUCUUGAAGAUCAGCUAGAUAUAACGCCAGUAUACGGACUGUCUAUGACACCUAAGCCCUAUAGAAUUUGUGUGUCACAGCGUACUUGACUUGAAGAAGAGUAUGAGGAAGAAACAGCUUUCUUUCAUCACCCAAUGAUUGUGUGAAAUAAUGUAAAAUGCAAAGCUGCUAUUUCCAAAUUACAUUUUUUUCCAAACGUGCUGGACGUAACAUCCAUCUCUCUAAUAGAAACAAUUUCCCAAUAUGUCUGAAGGAAAUCAACUUCAAAAAGGCUUAGGAUUUUAUAGAAUAUUUGUAUGGCGCAUGGUGUUACUUAUGAAUAAUUUCCUUUAUUCUUCACCUAUAGACAGAAACUUGCCAGACUAAAGCAAGUUUAUAACUAUGGAUUUACUCUGGCAAUAGCUAGGAUGUAGCUUUUUAACCCUCUUUUUGCUUUCCAAACUUUCCAAGCUCCGCUGCCUCUUUGCCCCCUGGAAAGCAGCCUUUGGAGAUCCAGAUUACAUUCCAGCACAGUAAUGGACUGGAUGAGGACCAACAUACUGAGACUCAGUGCAGACAAGAUGAAGAUAUUGAUUGUGGGUGGUGGAUUUGAAUGGUUCCCUGCUGUCCUGGAAGGGUCUAUACUUGCUUGAAAUGAACAAGUUCAUAGUUUAGGGCUGUUCCUAGAUCCAUUAUUUUCAUUAGAGGUCCAGGUGGUCUUGGUGGCUCAGAGUGCUUUUUAUUCCCCUUUGGUUGGUUUACCAACUGUGACUUUACGAGGACAAAUACAGCCUCAGAACAGUUAUUCACACCCUUGGGUAACUUCUGAGUGGAUUAUUUCAAUGUAUUGGAAAUGAAUCCGUCUUUGAAAAUGGUCUAAGAACUUCAGAUAGUUCAAAAUAGAGUAGCUGGAUUGCACAUUGGGAUUGGCUGAUAAAAAUAUAUUAUGCUAGUUCUUCACUAUUUACAAUUGCUGCUGGUCUAUUUCUGACUCAGCUCAAAGUUCUGGCCUUGAUCUUUAAAGCUCCUCACAGUUUAGGACCAGAUUGAUCUUUAAAGCUUCUCACAGUUUAGGACCAGAUGACCAAAGAGGUACCUUUCCGGACUUGAGCUUGUCUAAUGAAACCUUCCAGACCCCCUUCCCAAAAGAAGUGAGAAGGAAGAGGAAGAGCUUUUUCUGUAGUGUUGCUCCAUUAAUGCAAUUCCUCCCCAGAGAGCUUGACUCGCUCCCACAUUCCACAUUAGCAUCGUUCAGCAUCUGACAAAGACUUGUUAAUUGGUUUUCACUUUUAUUGUACUUAUAGUUUAGUCCAUAUUGUUUCAAAUGACUGCCUGCAGCUUUCUAUCUAUAGUUUGCAUUUUAUUUGAUUUUAUUGUAUGUAUUUUUAUUCAAAUAAUGUUGUAGCAUACUUUAUUAUAGUAUACUUUAUAUUUU